AUGGCCACAUGCAGCCUGGGGCACCUCGAGUUGAGCAUCCAGCGUGCGGACGCGGAGCUCUCCAACGAGAAGCCGGACUAUCCGAGAGCACUCCAGAUCCUCAGCAUGGAGCUCCGACAGCUUCUGCUACGCAUCAUCUGCAUCAGCUUCAUCACGAAUUGCACAAAGCUGCAGGCGCGGACCACGGUCUUCGCUUUGAAUCGAAUGGUUGGGCACGGCUCCAUGGAUUGGGAGGGUCUCCUCAGCAUCGGCUUAGCGCAUAUCACCUGCGCCGUGGCACUGCAGACGGCAAUCCAAGGUGCACGGCGGGUGCAGAGGGAAAGGCAGAAUAUACUGGAGUCGCUGAAGGGGGCAAGCUUCUGCGACAAGGGCCAAGGUGAGUGGAACUUGAUGUUUUGGCUCCUCUGCGCCAUCUUCUUUGUGGGCUUUGUCUGCGUACUGGUUCAGCUUCACAGCCUCGCUAAGCUGGUCGCGGCGUUCAUUUGCAAGGAUGCCGUGUGGAAUUUCCCCAACAAGUGCGCCGAUGUUCACGCAUACUAA